AUGCUGGAUGAAGUAGAAUCGACUCCAGAAAUCCCAAGAAGACCAAAAAGGUUAGUGAAGGUCACCUCUUCACUGCUGGAUACUUCUCUUACUACUUCUUUAGAACCUGUUAUCCCUCAAAGACCUAAUAGAAAGAAAGUUACAAUGUCUGAAUCAUCCGAACAACCAGAAUCGCCAGCUCCAGAAUCCAUUGAAAUUUCCCAGACCGAAGAUACAAAGUCUGCUACUCCUACUAUUUCAUCAAGACCAAGUAAAACUGCUGUUAUAGAGAAUGAACCUUCAGCUGAAACAGAAACCCGGAAGGAGGAGGUUGAAUCUGAAAGUCCAAGUCAGACUCCUAGUAAAGAUAGUGAAACAGCAGUUGAUUUUGAAGAUACAAAAGAAGAAGUCAAAGCGGAAACUCCAUCUAUUCCCGAAAGACCAGCUAAGACCCCAAUCAUUGAUGAAGAUGUUCCAGCUGAAACAGAUAAUGUGAAAGAAGUUGAAUCUAGUGAUUUAACAUCGAAGCAAAUCGAAGAAGAAUCAGAUUCAGCAUUGACAUCAGAGUUACCUGACUCGUCUCUUGAGAAAGACGAAGAUGCCGAGAAAGAAGAUGAUGAUGAAAAAGAAAUUCAAGGUACUACCGAAGUACCAAAAGUGGAGAACGAUGGAGAAACGACACCUGGAAACUCGAAUACAAAAGUUAGCUUUAAAGAUGAUGUAGACGAUUUGUCUGGCGUAGAGUCAGCUACAUCAUUCAAUGAUGACAUUGAAACUGUGUUACAGGAAGGAGAAUCUACACUGGUAGCCGGAGAGCAACCGGUGGUUAAUGAAGAAGAAACAAAAACCUUCACCAAAGAUUGUGAUGAAUCACCCCCUGGGCUUUCUAAUGUCGAAGAAACACCACUUGUUGAAAAUGAUUCCAAGAUAGUUGAAGUUGAAGUCACAGAUAAAGCCGAUUCAAAGGAAGAUAUAGCUGCAGAAAUUGACGAUUCCAAGACAAAAGAAGCCAUCAGUUCUAUCCCAUCAAUACCAAUUAGGCCAUCUAAACGUCCUAUAGGUAAAACGCAUAUUGUUGACAGGUCUGAUGCUGAAUCACCUCUGUUAGAUGCUAGUAAUACGGAUCUGAUUGACGAACAAACCGACAAGACCGCAACUACUACUGAGAGUUCACAUACUAGCGAAUCUAGUGUAGAAGAAGCUACAAUCCCACAGAUUCCAGUGAGACCAUCAAAACCUUCAUCUUUACAUGAAGCUGGCUCUAAACCUAAACCUCCACCACCAAAGCCAAAGAAGUUAUCAUCAAAGAUUGCAGCUUUCCAACAAAUGUUCAAUCAGGAAACACCAUUACAACCACUCUCAAAAUCGCCUAGUGAUUUUGUCAAGAAGGAUAGGUUGUCAAAUGACAAAAUGAAGUUUGCUGAAAGUUUAAAAGGUAUGAUGGGAAUGGGAGUGCCAAUGCCAGGGAUGGUAAAUCCAGCAAUGGUUAAUCCCUUACUUAAUAGAGGUGCAAGUGAUCAACAAUCCAAGGAAGAAGAAAAGGUGAAUGAACCAACAUCAGAGUCUACUAAAUUAGGGAAAACAGCUGCUAGACCUAGAGGACCAAGAGGAAAAAAGCUUCCAAAAGCCUUAAAAGAACCAGUUAAUAUCGAACAAGAUCUGAAAUUUAAAUUGCAUACUUACAAUCUUUGGGAUGUAUCGUUUAAGAAAAAUAUUCCUAAAGAGGAGUCUUUGGAAUCAACUGAUGAAAUUACCACUCCGGAGGAUAAUUCCAAUGAGAAAGUGCUAAUGGCAGACGAUGAUCAAAAUGAAUUACAUGAACCUAAGAACGUCCUAAAUUCUAAUGAACCUUCUUCAGCGGGAGAUAUCGUAAAAGAAGAACCAGAAGAUGAUUUACAAAAACCCAAAAAUGUUGCUGAAGUUGAAAAAGAAGAAGGUAACAACGAAGAAGAAGGCAAUGAAGUAGAAAUAGAUGAAGAAGAAGCUAAUGAUGAAAGUAAAUUGGAUGAUAAAGACAUAGGUGAGGGAGAACCACCUAUUACCACUCAUUCAUUGGAAAGUGAUACCACCAAACUAGACAAGAAAGAAAUCAUCACAGAUGAAAAGGUAGAGCAAGCAGAUGAAGAGAAUAAGAGUGAGAAACCUGAGCUGGAAAUUGUUCUGGAAGACCACGAAGUUGAAGCUAAUCAAAGUUCCAGCUUAAACGAUUCAGCAACUCAAGACGAAAUUAUACAUGCUCCGAUCGAUAGAGAAGUCAAUGAUGAUUGA